AUGGCUACCAAGAGAAAAACUCCCAUAGAAAACACAAAUUCAAAUAAAAAGCUCCAAACCCUAGAGUACUAUGAAUCAAGGGAAGAUGAUCACGAUCGUGACCGAGAAGACGUCACAAUACCUAGCUUUCCUGGCCUUGUUAUCGAUCAAAUCCUCCAACACCUUCCCACUACACUUGCCGUAAGCGUGAGCAUAUUUUCUAAGCAAUGGAAAGGUGUAUGGUCUUCGGUCCCCGUAUUAGAUUUUGACGAGGGCGAGCCCUAUGAUAACGACGAAAAGCUCGAAAAUCUUCGACGGAAGAAGUUCAUUAAAUUCUUAAGAGGGUGUUUGAAAUUUCGUGAGAAAGACAAGUGCUUGGAUAAGUUCAGGCUUCGCAUGAGAUACCGUGGGAAAAGUAGAAACAUAGAAAAGUGGUUGAGCUUUGCAAUUGAGAGAAGCGUCAAAGUGUUAGAGAUCAGUCUUCCAAGAAAACCUAAAUUCAAAUACUAUUGCCUAUCCAAGACCAUUCUUAAUGCAAAAUCUAUAACAACCUUAAAUUUGGAGAGUUUGAGAAUAACUGAUGACAGCACAUCUCAUCCCAUAAGCCUUCCAUCUGUGAAAACUUUGUCACUCAAAACUGUGCACUUUGGUCGCCGGGCCUUCUCCAAUUUAAUUUCACGGUGCCCUUCUAUCGAGUGCUUGACACUAAUUUCGUGUAAUUUUGCCAUCUUGAAUGGAACAGUUAAAGUUUCGUUUUGCAGUCUUGAAUCCUUUUGA